AUGUCCAAGAGAGUUACUAAGCAUGAGGAUAUUGCACAGGUGAUUGUUUUAUACAAGGCUAAUCAUAAAGUUACUGAAAUAGUUGAAUUAACCGGUGUGUGCCACCGGUCAGUGUACCGAUUCAUCUCGGGGUUUGAGGCAAACAGCCAGGAAGAGUUGCCUACCCCUAAACCCAGGUCUGGGCGACCACGGCUUACGUCUCCUAGAACCAGGAAGGUGAUUGCUAGGCAAGUUAAUGCUAAUCCUAAGCUCAUGGCCCGGGAAUUAAAGCAAGCUAACCCCGGACUCUUUGGUCAAGUCUUCUUAAGGUCGGUGCAGCAGCUUCUUCAUGACGAUCUCGGUUAUCGCGCCUACCGACCACGCCGUAAGCCCCUGCUGACUGCUGCCCAGAAGAAGAAGAGGAUCACUUUUGCGAAGAAGUACAGUGUCUGGUCCCUUCAGGAUUGGAGGAACGUCCUGUGGAGUGAUGAAGCCACGUUUACAGUGAGUGGUUGUGGUCACGAUAGGGUGUACCGCCGGCCAGACUCUGACCCGCUCGACCCCAGGUACACCGUCAAGACGGUCAAGCAUCUUGAUUCAGUGAUGGUCGGAGGUGUGCUCAUCAGGUUGCUGAUGGCAUCAUACAAGGGCAGGUCCCACAGGUCAGAGGUGUCAUCAGUUGCUGCUGAUGGCAUCGCUAUUAGCAACUGA